CAUGUAACGAUUGGGUUAGACUUUUUCGUCCGCUUUAGGUUACACAGUGGAGCGAUAAUGCCAAGUGGAACGUGGUGAGCUUGAUGGGGGAAGAGCUUCGAGGCAUUUGAGGUAUCUAGGAGAAGGUGCGAGAUACAUGAUAGUGGAACAUAAAUAGACUACUGCCCCGCCAGUACAAGCGUUCUUUAUUCUCAAUCAACGACAACAACAAUAUCUACUCCAUCACACACCCAAUCAAUACAUACAAUCGCCGCCCAUACAUCACUCACUCACCCAACAUGUCCCUCACCUUCCACAAGAUGGCCGUCGCGCCAGCCAUCUCCGCCCUCAAAAACGCCCACUUCGUCGUCUCCAAAGGCUACGAACAUGCCAAAGCGUCCGACCCAAACACCUUUCUAACCGCCUCUCUCCACCCCGACAUGAAGGACUUCCGCUACCAAAUCUACCGUCUCACCGACGCUGCCAAGUUCAUUCCCAGCCGAGUGAACCCCAGCCUCGAAGGCAUAACGCUCCCCGACGAAGAGCAGACCUUCCCCGAGCUACUUGAGCGCAUCGAGAAGUGCACCAAGUACCUCGAGAGCUUUUCCGAGAAAGACUUCGAGGGCAAGCAGGAUGACGAGGUGAUUAUCAAGUUCCCCGGUGGCCAGAAGCAGGUCAGAAUGCCGGCAGCGGAGUACAUUAGCAGGUUUGCGCAUCCGAACAUGUGGUUCCACAUUGUGACUGCGUACGACAUAUUGAGGAUGAAGGGCGUUGAUGUUGGAAAGAUGGACUUCUUGAACGGUGCGGGCGGAAUCACCAUUGAGGAUGUUCCUCAGCAGUAGACGUGAGCAGUACGGAUGUGCAGCGACGUUCUGGAGAAAAGGUG